UUUGAUAGUUUAGUUUUAGUUGCUAUGCAGUGCAAAAUCAUCUCUCUUUACAUUCCAUGAAAACACAAAACACCCUUUCUCUCUCACAAUCAGGCAUCAUUUCAUUCUCUUUCCGCGUCUUUUCACAGUUCACACCUUCUCCUUUGCGAAUAAUAAUCUCCCUCUAAAUAAAUUAAAUAAAGCAACAAGAAUUCAUUCCCUCCUUUUUCCUCUGCAAUUCUUCCAUCUUUAUCUUUAAUGGCCAAAAACAACAACAACAACAACAACAACUACAACUACAACUACAACCUUCUCUUCUCUCAUUCUCUUUUUCUCCCUCCUUAUAAACUUUAAACUAAUACCCUCUAUUUCCCCCUUUUUUCCCAAACAAACCCUUAUAUAAAUUUUCUAUCUUUCUUCUUCUUUUGUUUUCCCACCAUUCUUUUCUGCAACUCAUUGUGAAAAAGAUUCUUUUUUUUGUUUGUUUUGUUUUAGAAAUUGUUAUGGAUUCAGGUGUUCUUGAUAGCAUAAUUAGUAGGUUGCUUGAUGUUAAGGGAAAACCAGGAAAACAAGUUCAACUUUCUGAGCCUGAGAUUCGUCAACUUUGCCUUGUUUCUAGAGGUGUUUUCUUGCACCAACCUAAUCUUUUGGAAAUUGAAGCUCCUGUAAAGAUUUGUGGAGACAUUCAUGGACAGUAUUCUGAUCUUCUGAGGCUGUUUGAAUAUGGCGGAUUACCUCCAAAAUCUAAUUACUUGUUCCUGGGUGAUUAUGUUGAUCGUGGGAAGCAGAGUCUGGAAACAAUAUGUCUUCUUCUUGCAUAUAAAAUAAAAUACCCUGAAAACUUUUUUCUUUUAAGGGGCAACCAUGAAUGUGCCUCUGUAAAUCGUAUAUAUGGAUUUUAUGACGAAUGUAAGCGAAGGUUUAAUGUCAGACUCUGGAAAGUCUUUACAGAUUGUUUUAACUGCAUUCCUGUAGCAGCUCUUAUUGAUGAGAGGAUACUUUGCAUGCAUGGGGGACUUUCUCCAGACUUGCAUAGACUAGACCAAAUACGUAAUCUACAUCGUCCAACUGAUGUUCCUGAAAGUGGUUUGUUAUGUGAUCUCCUUUGGUCGGAUCCUAGUAACGAGAUCCAAGGCUGGGGAAUGAAUGACAGAGGGGUUUCCUAUACCUUUGGUCCUGAUAAAGUCACGGAGGCUCUUCAAAAGCUGGACCUUGAUCUUAUAUGUCGUGCACACCAGGUUGUUGAGGAUGGAUAUGAGUUCUUCGCUAAUAGGCAGCUUGUAACUAUAUUUUCGGCGCCUAAUUACUGUGGAGAGUUUGACAAUGCUGGAGCUAUGAUGAGUGUGGAUGAAACUUUAAUGUGUUCCUUCCAAAUACUCAAGCCUGCAGAAAAGAGGCCAAAAUUCGGCUUUGGGAGUACAACCAAUGCCAAAAUAGGGACUCCCACUAAGGUCAAGUCUUUCCUUGGAGGAAGAAUAUGAAGAAAAUGACCCUCAUGACAGAGUCAAUGGUUGGAAGUUUCCCAUUAAGGGAAGAAGAUAUAAAUAUUCCAUGGUGUUACAUGCAGGUGCAGAAGUUGAGCUUUCGACCUUCUCGUUAACGAACUUCGUCAAAGUAAAACCGUGCGCCUGCAAUGAGAUAUUUUCUUGGGAGGGACAGGAUGAUGAUGAAUUUAUGUAUAAUAGUAGUACAAUACGACCUGGAAUCUAAAGCCAAUCAUUUACAUCAUAUUUUGAUAGUUUUAUAUUGUCACCUUGGACCGCGACGUUUUGUUAAUUAAGUUCAAGCCUUGUUCUUCUGCUGCUGAACGUGUUUAGCACCAAAAUUUCAGUUGAGACCAAGUUUAAGCUUUGCUGUUGCCUGUUGGUGCUUUCGCUGAUGGUCCUGGUGUUAUACCAGGCGAAGAUCUAGUUAUUUGUUUAUUUUGAGGGGUCCUUUUCAUGUUUCUGGAAGAUGUUGGCAUGGAAUUAAGUUCAACGCCAGCUUUGUUUAAUCCUGUAAUAAUAGCUAACGGUUCACCUUCUAUUUAUGGACAUCCACUAUGUAUGUACUCUAGCGUGUAUGUACCAUCGAAACUGUUUAGAGGCU